UCAACAACAAACAAGAUAUUCGCCAGCUUUUGUUUCUUUUAUUAUCGAUUUAAUCAAGUUAUAAAUACAACGAUCUUUUAAUUUGCAAACCAGCUAAGUAGUUUGUAUUAAGUUGUGCAAAAGAAGUUCCGAAAAUGACUGCUAAUCCACCGGAGGAAGGUUUCGAUCAAGCAGAGUUUGAAGAUGACGAGCUUGGUGAGGUACAGAUCGAAACCUCGUCCGGCCGCAAGCGUCUGUUUAGCAAGGAGCUGCGCUGCAUGAUGUAUGGGUUCGGUGACGAUCAGAACCCGUACACCGAAAGUGUCGAUCUGCUGGAAGAUUUGGUGGUUGAAUUUAUAACCGAGAUGACACACCGAGCGAUGGAAAUUGGGCGUACGGGUCGUGUGCAGGUGGAGGACAUUGUAUUUCUGGUGCGCAAGAAUUCUCGUAAAUAUGCUCGCGUGAAGGAUCUGCUUACGAUGAACGAAGAGCUGAAGCGAGCUCGGAAGGCCUUCGAUGAAGUGAAGUACGUUGGUGCGGAAGCAAAAAUCAAGUAAAGUACGUACGAGAUGGAGCUAGGAGCUAGUGCUGGGCUACCGAAGUGUUUGAAGACUGUUCUAUUCCUUACCGCUAAUACAUAAACGUACAAAAUAAAACAAAAGCUGAAGAGUUUCUUGACACGGAAAU